CUACUCAGAAUCUCCCGUCUCUGGGGUUCAUUUUGCGAUGUUUUAGCUUGCAUUAGUGUACCCUGAAAAGGACAUAUCCAUUCAUGCUACUCUGACAGCGGCAAUUUCGCCUUGCACUCAAGGGCGCACACGAAUGAGCUUUCGAGGAGCCGACCGCAUUCCCUCGUGUCAUGCCUGCAUUGUUAGCAUGAUACGAGUGGCCUCGAAAUUUGGCCGUGGAAACGGGGCCGGGCGGAGUCCUCGCUCGGAUGCUCCACGGCAAUCAAUUGGGGCUUCACCACGGUAGAUGCGAUGCGGCAGAGACCUUUAUAACCAAAUAGGCAUUCUUGGAACUUAGUAUCCUGCAGCAGAACCUUCUUUCUUCUCCUUCUUGUUUCAUCGUUGAUCAUAAUCUACACCAGUCAACAUGCGCUUCAGCUCUCCAUUGGCUCUUUCGUUGCUUGCAGGCACACUGUCCAAUGCCUUGCCAGCUCCCCAGGACACACCGACUUCGACUGUCUCGGCAGCAUCUGCUUCGCCCACGUUCACAGAGGCCAGCUCUGACACAGCUGCAGCGGCUGAUCAGUUGAAUGAAUUGUCAAGCUUUGCCCAGCAGCAAGUCAAUGCAACUCUUGCCGAGAACAGCAACAAGCGUGGAACAUGCAACAUCUUCAAUGUUGCUGUCCGCCGCGAAUGGGGCGCCCUUUCCAAGAAGGAGCGCAAAUCGUACACAGAUGCAGUUCUGUGUCUGCAGAAGAAGCAGACCAACACCCCGGCGUCCGUUCUACCUGGUGCGCGCUCGAGGUAUGACGACUGGGUUGGUACACAUAUCAACCAGACUCUAACCAUUCACUACACCGGAACCUUCCUUGCAUGGCACCGCUACUUCACAUGGCAAUACGAACAGGCCUUGCGCAAUGAGUGCGGAUACAAAGGCUACCAGCCAUACUGGAACUGGGCACUGACUGCCAAAACUGGUCUGGAGAAGUCGCCCAUUUUCGAUGGCUCAGACUCCUCAAUGUCUGGCAACGGCGAGUUCAUCCCAGGGCGCGGCAACGUGAUCCUCGGCGGUGAUGGCUUGCCCGAGAUCCCGGUUCCUGCUGGAACCGGUGGUGGCUGCGUCACAUCUGGACCGUUCAAGGACAUGUCUGUCAACCUUGGACCUGUCAAUCUGGCCCUCACGGAUGGAACUUACGCUGCCAACGGCAAUGGCUUGUCGUACAACCCAAGGUGUCUGAAGCGUGAUCUGACCGACUACACAAACAAGAAGUGGGCCAAUGCUACUAGUGUUGUCAGUCUGAUAUUGAACAACAAAGACAUUGAGAGCUUCCAGAUGGAAAUGCAAGGUGUGCCCGGCAGCGGCAGCAUCGGCGUCCACGGUGGUGGACACUUCUCUCUCGGCGGUGACCCUGGCCGUGAUCUCUUUGUCUCGCCUGGUGACCCAAUGUUCUUUCUGCACCACAGCGCGAUCGACCGCACAUGGUGGAUCUGGCAGCAGCUUGACCGCAAGACACGCCAGAGCGAGCAGGGCAUCUCUGGAACUGGCACCUUCUUGAACGCCCCUCCCUCUCCGGACACGACACUGGACACUCCUAUUGAUCUGGGCUAUGCUGGAGGCUCUGUCCUCACGAUGAAUGACCUUAUGAGCACGACCGAGGGACCGCUCUGCUACAUUUACUUGUAGACAGUGCUGUGCUAUGAUGUAUUACAUGAGAUAGACAUAAUAUUUAAUCAGAC